UUAUGCCUAUGUGUAACUGUGUACGAUUACGUCUAUACUGCAUACUUUGUGUACAAGUUACAAGUGUUACAACUCACGUCUCGCGUCUUAUAGUCACGAUUCCCAAGUCUACAAUCAUGAUUAGCAUGAUUUGAGAUAUUAUACAUGUUUUUAUUUAAACUACUUACGAAUGAUAUGGAUUCUUAUUAAAAUAUGACAGUUUGUCAAUAAACCAAACGCAGUUGUUGGUUUCACAUUACAUCUGAGAUUAAAGUUAUAUUUUAAAUACACGAAAAAAUGAUUACCACCAUCCAUACGAAAAUACAAUAGCCGAGCACAACAAAUACAAUUGAAGAACAAAUCAUUUUUAACAGAAAACUUAAAGAAUUCAAUUAAAAAAUCAAACUCUCAUAUUUUUCAAUAAGUAUGGAUUUAAAAUUGAGUUUAAUCCUUAUACUAUUGUUGCCAUUAGUAACACCAAUUCGUUGGUUUAUGCAUCCAAAUACGCAAAAAUGUUUACGUGAAGAACUCAGACAAAAUGUAUUGGUAAAAGGUGAUUAUGAAAUUGCACCAAUUGAUGGUCAGUUUAUGGAUUAUAUUGUGAGAGAUUCUAAAGGUCACAUCUUAGCUAAUAAACAAGACAUAACUAAAGGAAAAUUUACAUUUAGUACUGAAAAUUAUGAUAUGUUUGAAAUUUGCUUUAAUUCCCGUGUACCUGGAUAUCAAAGAGGAACUUUGCAGGAGGUUUCCUUAAACAUUAAAACUGGCGUUGAAGCAAAAACAUAUGAGGGACUUGGAGAGGUGGCUAAAUUGAAACCUUUGGAAUUAGAUUUGAAAAUGUUGGAAGAUUUAUCAUCGUCCAUUGUUCAAGAUUUUUCUGACAUGAAGCAUCGUGCCGAAGAAAUGCGAAAUACAAAUGAAUCAACAAGCAGAAGAGUUCAUUGGUUUAGUAUGUUUAGCAUUAUUUGUCUAUUUGGAUUGAGUGUAUGGCAGAUUUUGUACUUAAGAAGAUAUUUUAAAGCUAAGAAACUCAUUGAGUAAUAUUAAUUUGCGUUUAUUAAAAAUUAUUUUAUUUUUUUUUUACAGUCUUGCAUUAAAAUAUAUAAUAUCAAUUGUAAUUACAAGUUAAUUUGUCUUAAUGUAUUUUAUUUGCUAUGAAAUAAUAUAUUUACAUAUUUUAAUAAAAAAUUUAAUAAAUUUAA